AUGGUGGGAGACAAGGCGAGAGGAGAGAUGAACGCUUUUCAGAGAAACGAAUCCAAGGAAACUUUGUUCACUUUUAUUUCUGCAGGAGAUGAUCCUCCCAAAGGAGAUUUCCCUGUUCAGAAAAAAUCCCCGAAACUCUGUGGCUCCAACUACCCCCUAAGCAUUGCCUUCAUCGUGGUGAAUGAGUUCUGUGAGCGCUUCUCCUACUAUGGCAUGAGAGCUGUCCUGACACUAUAUUUCUUAAGCUUCUUCCACUGGGAUGAGAAUCUCUCCACUGCUGUGUACCAUGCCUUUUCCGCGCUGUGUUAUUUCACGCCUGUCAUUGGAGCCAUCAUGGCAGACUCGUGGCUGGGAAAAUACAAGACCAUCAUCUACCUCUCCAUUGUGUAUGUCCUUGGCCAUCUGAUAAAGUCAGUCGGUGCAAUUCCAUCCCUAGGCAACCAGGCGGUUCAUGUGAUCCUGUCUAUGGUUGGUCUGUUUUUGAUCGCCCUUGGAACGGGAGGUAUCAAGCCCUGUGUCUCUGCAUUUGGUGGGGACCAGUUUGAAGAGGAACAUACCUCAGAGAGAAGCAAGUUUUUUUCCAUCUUCUAUUUAUCCAUUAAUGCUGGAAGUUUGAUCUCCACGUUUGUAACUCCUGUAUUAAGAGGGGAUGUGAAAUGUUUUGGAGAGGAUUGUUAUGCACUGGCUUUUGGUGUCCCAGCAGCACUGAUGGUGUUGGCGCUUGUUGUGUUCAUUGCUGGAAGUGGACUGUACAGAAAAACGCCACCACAAGGGAACAUCUUACUGGAAGUGUGCAAAUGCAUCGGUUUUGCUAUUAAAAACCGGCUGAAAAACCGCUCCCGUCAGAUUCCAAAGAGAGAUCACUGGCUGGACUGGGCGUCAGAAAAAUACUCGAAACAACUGAUUGGUGAGGUUAAAAUGGUGACACGUGUUCUCUUCCUCUUCAUACCGCUGCCAAUGUUCUGGGCCCUGUUUGAUCAGCAGGGAUCCAGGUGGACAUUGCAAGCCACAAAAAUGAAUGCUGAUUUUGGAAUAUAUGUCCUUCAGCCUGACCAAAUGCAGUUCUUAAAUCCACUUCUUAUUCUUGUCUUCAUCCCAAUUUUUGACCUUGGGCUCUACCCCCUGAUAAACAUGUGCAAAUUUAAUUUCACACCUAUUAGGAAAAUGGCAACAGGUAUGAUCCUUGCAGGGAUGGCGUUUGGACUUGCAGCUAUUGUAGAACUCAAAAUAAAUGAAACUGAUAUGCCUCGACUUGUCCCAGAAGAAAGUUUAAUUCGGGUCUUGAAUUUGGCAAAGAACCCUGUUCAAGUGACAAUUCAAGAUCGGGACCUAUUUCAGCAGCCCGUGGAGGCUUUUCAGAACCCAACUGAGUACUCAAAAUUAAUAUUGAAUGGAGAGCAACAGAGCCUUCGCUUCACCCUGAAACAUCAAGGAUUGUCUCUUGCUUUUAACUACACUGUGAAGGAAAAAUCAGUAUACAGCUUAAUUGUUUUUGAGGCAGAAGGAAGCCUAUCAAGCCGCUUAAUUACAGACUUGGAAGCAAAGCCAGAAAAUGGUUUGGCAGCUGUUAGAUUCAUUAAUGGUUUGAGCCAAGAUGUCAACCUCACUAUUGACAGCAAAUGGUUCAUUGCUGUUCAGAAAAACUACAGUGCUUCUGAGUACUCGCUGCUAGAGAGGGACGAGUAUAAUAAUGGAAAAUGCAUAACUGAAAUGGGAGAGUUCACCCUGGAGCUAGGGCUGCUCGACUUUGGCGCUUCAUACACGGUUGUGAUCACUAAUGUUUCUGGAGGUGCUGUUAAGACAUGGAAGUCAGAAGACAUCAAAGCCAACAACGUCCAUAUGGCUUGGCAGUUACCACAAUACUUAUUAAUAUCAGCUGGGGAGGUGAUGUUCUCCAUUACGGGUCUGGCCUUCUCCUAUUCUCAGUCUCCAGCCAGCAUGAAGUCCGUGCUGCAGGCAGGCUGGCUGCUCACCGUGGCCGUUGGGAAUACCCUUGUGCUCGUUGUUGCCCAGGCUGCACCAAUGGCACAGUGGGCUGAAUUUGUCUUGUUCACUGUUCUCCUCUUUGCUGUGUGCAUUAUUUUCUCCAUCAUGGGAUAUUUCUAUGUCAGUGUGGAUCCAGAGGACCUAGAAGAAAAGGAAGAGAAGACAGAGACCCCAGCUAGAGGAAACAUGAUUAGUCUCGUUACUCAGAAAACAAAGCUCUAA